AGUAAAAAGAAUCACCAUUGUAAAAUCAGGAUGAGAGAAGCAGAGACAGGGCCAGUGACUGAGCUAAGAACCCAGCUCCCACCCCAGAGCGACCGGCUCCGCAUGGCGCUAACUCUCCUUCUGCCUGUGCUGGCCUGUCUCCCGACUGUCCCACGGCUGGUCUCACCCGCAGAGUUUCCAGACGUGGCUCCCCGGGCCCCGGCGCUGUCUGCGAACCCCCACAGGCCCGCCUACCUCCCCGGGGAAUCCCUGAACCUCACCUGCUCCGUGCCCGGAGGGGACCAGGUGGUGCAAUUCCAGCUGUGGAAGGACGGGGAAGCACAGCCCCCCACGGACAGCCGCGGGCAGCGGGUUCACAGCUUCCCUCUGGCACAGCUCAGGGUGCAGGACACUGGAACGUACACCUGUCUGUACUGCUUACGGCAAUCCAAGGGACAGAGGCAAUCCUGGAGGAGUAACCCCAUCUCCGUCUCUGUCUAUGACCAUCCCACAGCCCCGUCCCUGUCCGUGAGCCCUCGGCACCCCGUGUACCUCCCUGGAGAAGCUGUUACCCUCCCGUGCAUGGCUCCCCCUGGAGCUCACCCAGCUGCAGGAUUCCAGUUCUCCAGGGUUGGUGGAAGGAACCUCUCAUCUGGAAGCAAUGACACCCACACCCUGAGCAUCACGGGGCUGGCUGAUGCUGGGUCCUUCACCUGCCUGUACUGGAUAUGCCCAUCCAGACGGUGCAUCCAGUCCUGGGAGAGCCGCCCCAUCUCCAUCAAUGUAACAGAUCUGCCUUCCCAGCCAUUGCUGAGCAUAGAUCCCCCAUCCGAAGCAGUGAGUGAAGGGCUCCCCCUGCUCAUCAGCUGCAUGGCCCCCGGUGACACCGGCGACUGGAGAUUUCAAUUCUACAAGGAUGGAGACGAGCUUGUUCCUGGGAAUGUUGGGUUUGAGAUCAGCACCACAGAGCCCGGCGCCAGCUCUGUGAAUGUCUCCGUGCUCAGGAUCCCCAGGGCCAGUCUCAACAACACUGGGGAAUUCACCUGCGGGUACGAGGAGAACGUGAGCGGGAGGUGGGUCCCGUCCCGCAGGAGCCGGGCCGUGAAUAUCACCGUGAACAUCGCAGCGACAGCCUGGGCCCAACCUAGAAACAAGCUGCUACCAUGUGGGAUCCUCGUGGUUCUGGGCAUGGCUCUGGCUGCCCUCGUCUGCUACUGCAGGAGGAACAAGAGAGUUCCAGAGCCUUUGCAAUAUCUGAGGGGAUCUGAGCCCGGGGAAGGCGAUGGGGGACUGGACCCCAGGAGGUGCCGUGAGGAAUUGAAACCCAACAGUGUCAGAGUGGAGCUACCAGAAGAGGGCUCCGAUGUGUACACACUCCUGACCUUCCCCUCCUCUGCACCGCCCUGAGCACCGGGGAAGGGGAAUGGAGCAUCGGGAACGGAGGGGUUGCUUCGCCACAAGGGGCUGCCCCGGGACUUCCAGGGAGCCACUCGGUGAGGGGCAGGGAGAGAACCCAGAAAUCCAAAUCAGGGGCCCUUUAACAAUCAGGGCUCAGACACCCCAGCCUGGGCAUCUCCCCCUGUGGCCAAUCAUCCAGCUGCCCUCAUACACACACGGACAGGGUCGUCCCCGCCAACAGAGGCAGCAGGGACACACACACACACACAUGGAGAAGGUCCCAUCUCCUCCAACAGGGGGCAGCAGGGAAACACACACACACACACUUCCUACCAUUCUUAACCUUUAUCACUGUCUCUUACUUUCGCUGCAUUUGCUGUUCCAUUAACAUUCAUUCUCCAAGG